UUGGAUGCAUCGGACGCCUAUUAUGAGUUCUUUUCUCUGCACACCUAACAAAACUCCACACUGCGAAUUAUUUUGUUCACAAGGCGACUGCCUGCUGCGCUCGAUCCUCCCAAAAACUUUCAUUGGCUGUCUCUCCCGUUUGGAUCUGCUCAGCUGAUCCAGUAAAAACUGUAUCUAUAAUGGGCAUACCUCUAGACAAAGCUUCGUUCUUAGCUGUGUUUCUCGAGACUUUAUUUUACGGUGUAUUCCUUACUUUAUACUGGUUGACGCUAUUCGUCUUAUUCAAGAAAACUGACAUUCAACGACAACUUCUAAUCCCAGUGGCGACCUUGCUACUCUGUGUUGCAACAGCUCAUUUAAUUAUCGAUUUUGUUCGAGCAUUAGAGGCCUUCGUAUUCAAGGUGGAUACGAUUGGUGCAGAUACCUACUAUUCGAACCUUGCUUCACCGUUGGACCUCGCAUCGAAGGCACUUUACAUCACGCAAACCACGCUUGCUGAUGGUGUAGUUGUCUGGCGAUGCCACGUACUUAACAACAGAAGUCUCCUUGUUGCCAUUCCUGGCUGUAUCGUGCUAUUAGUCAAUGCGGCCAUUGGGUACUAUGUUGUCUGGUCCCUCUCUCGGACUCCUGGGCUGACCAGUGUUUCCACCGCUGCUUCUGGGUGUAUCACGACAUUCUAUACAUUGACCAUGCUUGUCAGCCUUACCUGCACCAUUUCGAUUGCCUGGCGGAUCUAUCAUACUCGCCGUCUCAUGCCAGGAGGCCUUGCCACUCUUUUACCCGUAUUCAUCGUCGUCAUUGAGAGCGGCGCUUUAUACGCCACGAGUGUCCUUGCGCUCCUCAUAUCAUUCUUGGUCUCAUCUAAUGGCGAAUACAUCAUGCUAAACAUUAUCCCUCCGAUUGUGGGUGUAACUUUCUGUCUGAUCAUUCUUCAAGUCCACUUCCGCGUUGGCGGCAACUCCGCGACCGAACAAUCCUCUGACCCAAGUGGUAUCAUGACCAGCAUCUUUCGAGGACGAAGUACACGGGACCGGAACUUCUCCAUGCAACCGAUGGCUGUGCACAUCACGGAGGAGACAGAGAUCAUUCAGUCUGACAUGAUAAGUGGAAAGAAUAGCCAACCCGUCUCAGGGGGUAUCUAUCAAUUAUAAAUCGGACUAUUCUUUAGAUACACUUGCAUGCUAUAGUUCAACUGGUCCCUCCAAUGUCCUCGGAAGUGGAAGUGAAGAGCGUUCUGUGGAACAGGAUUUUUACAGGUGAAUUGCUAAUGAUACUGGACCACGUGUCGUGCUGUCAGGCUUGUUAGAGUUGCACUGCAUUUUGUAGAUCUCGUAUGUAGUCACUUGUUGGUGCAUCGUAAAGAGCAUGGAGCGCCUCUGAUAUUGCUUUUGAAUCCGUGUUUGUUUUAAAUCGUUGUUAGUCGGGCGCUAGUGCUAAGCGGCGAUUAUGCCCAGGAAGCGCUGAAGUAUAGCUAUACUUAGUUCAAACCAUGCAAGCCAUGCCAAACCAUAUCACACAAGCUUG